AUGCACAAACUUUUUUUAUCAAAUAUAUUUUAUAAAUUCGAUCAAAAAUCAAGAAUGGCACACAAAACCCAAGAUGAAGAUUACAGGGAUAUAGUUCUCCAAGGUACAGCGCCUGUAUCAAUUUCAAAUUUUGCUACAAACAAAAUUAACACCUGAGAUUUCAACCCUCUUAGCCUUUGUAAUAAUCUGAUACUACUGCAGUUUAAAAAAUUAUCAAAUGUUUGAUUUUUAUUUGUUUCAAUAGUAGAGCUCUCGAUAAAUACUCAUUACUGGUGCACAAUAUUUUUAUUUAGCUUGGUAAUUUUGAUCAAUCUUUUAAGGGAAAGUUCAAGGUAUUAUUGAACUUAUAAAAAUGACUUAAGACUGAACAAAAGGCAAGUUCCUGUCUGAAAUGGAACGGAUUUUAUUGAUAAAUCCUGAGAAGAUCUUUUGGUGGGCGAAAUCAUAUUGCUUCAUGAUAAUGACAUUGCUCCUGCUGAUAUACUGGUUUUAGCUUGUGGAAAUCAGGAAUGCGAAUGCUAUGUGGAUACUUUUGAGGUGCUUGGGGAGCGUAAUUUGAGAGUAAAAGAGUCAAUUAAAAGUAUUCAAGGAAUUAUUAAUUCCAAUGAAGUCGUAAAAGCUUCACAAUGUUUAAAAAAACUAAAUGAGAUCGUCAAAGUUUCUCACCCUAAAAAAAAUUUCAAAAAAUUCCAAGGCAAAAUAAAUAUCAGGUCUCCAAAGCCUGAGCUUAUUUCUUAUAAAAAUUACAUAAUGAGAGGAGAAAUGAUUGUGAAUUCUGGCUGAAUUUUUGCAUUUGUUAUAUAUACAGGCAUAGAAACAAAAGUAUAUAUAAAUUCUCAGCCCAACAUGAAAUUGUCAUAUUUUGACAAAAGAAUAAACUCAAUUGUGCUGGCGAUGCUAGUUGUUAUUGCAAUUUUAAUAAGUGUGGAGGUUAUUUUAGGAGCAGUGUUUGAAUCUAAGCGGCCAGCAGCCGAUAGCACAAAUUGGUUGAUAUUAAAUUCUAUUUUUCUUGUCCAUGAAAUGAUCCCAACAAGCUUAUUCUUGUGUAUAGAGAUUGCAAGAACCCUUCAAGCAAUAUUGAUUGCUAAGAAAUAUCCUGGAAUAAAAUUUAGCAAAGGAUUUAUGACAGAAGACUUAGGACAGAUCGAAUAUGUUUUAUUAGACAAAACUGGAACUCUGACAAAAAAUGAACUUGAAGUCAAAGUAUGUAUUAUUGGUGACGAAUACUAUUGAAAUGACUCAGCUGAUGAAACAAACGAUAUUGAGUUAAGUUAAAAUUUUCAGGCCAUAAGCGCAUAGACCACUAGCCUGCCUAUCUCGCUUAAACCCACCUAGCCCACCUAACCUAAAGAUUAGUUAUUUAGGUUAGAACCACCUCUUGAGGAUGCCCCGCUAGUCCCGAUAAGCAAAGACUAAUAAGUGGGAGGUUAAGCAGUCUAGCUAUCUGGCAUAGACAGGGAAGCCUUAUGGAAGAAACAAAGCUGAUAUCUUCGGCAGGCUUCUUAAAUCCGAAGAAGCGACAGAGGCACUAUUUUAAGCUUCAUAUGGAGAGGUCCUACCUGCUCUAAAGCGAUUGUGCCUUGAAUUCAGCUCUCUUCAGCAUAACCAUUUUAUUUCUUAAACGACAUUGAGGAAUGUGAAUCUCCCAGAAGUGAAGCUAAUUGAAACUCGCUUAACCCUACAACAAAAUCUGAUCGGCUGCAUUUUUCUAGCUUAAAGCAUGAAGUCAUUAAAUAUUCAUCAAUCAAUGAUAAUAUAAAAUAUUUCUUAUGAUGCAUGUCCCUCUGCAAUCAUGCUUAUCCAGACUCAGAAACUGACUUCACAGCAAUUUGUGAGUAUGAUAAAGUGCUAGCAAAAUGUGCCCAAAAACUUGGAUUAAAUAUGAUUAUAAGAACUCAAUCCACUACUGUAAUAGAUAUUAACGGAGUUCCAAGCACUUUUAAAAUACUUGGAGAUUUGCCGUAUUCUCCUGACCAAAAAAGAACUAUGAUUUUGGUUUCAUGUCCAAAUUUUUCUGGAUCAAUUCUUUUCGCUAAAGGAGAUAAAGCUGAGAUGCUUGAUUUGUUUGAUAUAAGUGGCGAAUCAAAAUUCUUGAUUGAAGAAUAUACAUUAUCAAGAAAGUUAAUUGGUAUGAGAACAGUGGUUUUUGGGUAUAAAGUUUUGUCAAAUUCGAAAACUGAAGAAUUUAUUACUGAUUAUAAAAACGCAAGGCUAUCACCAAUCAAUAAAACUGGCAAAAUUGAAAGCGUGUUCGAAAAGUAUCAGAACAAUUUAAGCUACCUUGGAAUUGUAGGGAUAGAAGAUGCUUUAACAGAAGGUGCUCAGGAAGCUAUUAAGACCUUAGAAAAAGCAGGCCUUAAGUUUUGGUUACUUUCAGGCGAUGACGAAGAAAGUUCAUUACGUGCAGGGGUUGGGUCUUCAAUGUUCGAAGAGAAUGUCCGAAUCAUAAGGAUGGCAGAUUUCAAGUCAGAGCAAGACUGCAUAGAAUGCAUGGUAGAUCACAUCCAAAGCUGUAUAUAUCAUGAUGAAGCAAUACCAAAUGAGCACAAUGAAGUCUCCCUAGUAGAUUCAGAGCACGAUACUUAUAAUGUCAAAUGCAAAAUUAGAUCAGAGCCAAUGUUCUUUUCUAGCAAAGACGACCUCAAACUAUUUCAUAGCACAAGCGACCACCCAAUAAAAAUUAAAGAGCCAGACCAUGCAAAUCCUGAAUUCAAAAGAAUAAUGCUGCCGCUAGUUACUAACAAAAUCAAGCCAAAAGUGUCUCUCUCAAAGUCAUUCAACCAUCAAGCAGUCUAUUAUGUCCUUUCUAUACAUGGAGAGACUUUAGAUUUUGCGCUUAAGUCUCAUGAUAGUCGAAAAUAUUUUAUCUCAUUAUUAUUCGCUGCAAAAUCAGUGCUCUUUCAUUCUCUUUUACCACAGCAGAAGAGAAAAAUUGUAAAAUUGCUGAAAAGCAGUUCGUCUUUUUCCUGUCGCUGUUGAAGGGAGGCACUUCAACACCGAUCGACUCCAAGGAGCUGAUCUUUGGAAUCUAAUCACUCGUAGGAGGCUAGCAGAAACCCAGAAGCUGCCAACUCAAGACAAAACUCGCAAGGAAAGGAGGAGGCAGAAGAUACUGGAAGUGGCAUCGUCUUCUUGGAAAAGACCCUCUGGGCUGAAGUCGAAAAGAGAAUGAACUUUCUGUAUCAAAGGUCUUUGAUGACUGUGCCACCAAUAUGACUAAGGCCUGACUUUAAUAGCCUAACCUAACCUGCUGAAAAGCAGUUUUCAAUUUAAGCCUACUGUUUUGACAGUUGGGGAUGGAAGUGAUGACAUAGGGAUGUUGCAAGAAGCCCAUGUAGGAAUUUCACUUCUUAGAAGCAACUGCCCAGAUGCGGAAAAUUCCAGUGACGUGGUUAUAACAGAUUUUUGACAGCUGAGAGAUCUGGUUUUGUAUGAAGGAUACAAUAAUUAUUUUAGGUUCUCUGCCAUGAUUUUACUUGGCUUUUAUUCAAAAUCCCUGAUGACGUUCAUCAAAUUUUUUUAUAACGUUUUGUACAAUUACUCUGCUAUUCAAUUAUUUUCGUAUGAUUUAGAGUUGAUAUAUGAGCUUUUAAUCACAACAAUCCCUAUAAUUGCUAUUGGCCUAUAUGAAAAGAGGAGAUCAUUUAGAGAAAUUAUAGAAAAGCCUCAACUUUACUGUAGUGGAAUUUAUAGAACAGCUUUUACUUGGAAAAAGUUGUUAUUAGUCACAUCUGCUGGCUUAUUUCAGGGUUUCAUAAUUAUUGCUUUAGUUUGCGCAGCAACUGGGGAAAUUAUGACAAAAGAAGGCUACACCUGCAGUUUAGAUUUACUUGGCUUUACUUUAUUUAUUAUUAUGUCAGUCACAUUUUUUUUAAUAGCUUUCUUAUACACAAGCACGUGGAAUAAAUACACAAUUGGCUGCCCUGCAAUAGUAAUUGUUUUAUCCUCAAUCUUUAUAUUGUUUCUUACAUAUGGCAUAAUUCCCAAUGAUAGUUUGAUAGGAAUUUCAGAGAUGGUUGGCUUAUCACCAUUAGUAUGGAUGCUGAUGAUUUUUAUCCCCCUGAUAAUGAACAUAAUAUCGGACGUUGCUCGGAUUACCAUUUUUGAUUACUUGAAGAAUAAUUCUGAAAAAUAUAAAGAUUCGAAAGAUUUGAGCAUAGAGCCUUCAGUUGAAUCAAGAUUGAAAUAUUAUAACACCUGCUUACUCUCCCACUCUGUGAGAACAAAAAAUUCUGCAAUUAACGGAGUAUUUUUUUUAAUUUAUAUAGUAAAUUUUGCGUAUUCGUAAUAUUGAAAAGUAAAAAUUAAUUUUUAUUAAUAAAAUUUUAUGUUUAGAAUGCAAGCUGUUCAAAAUUUAACAGGAUUAGCAGAGAUUUUUUUGUUUAUAUAAAAAUUUUAAAUUAAGAAUUUUUCUAAUGGAUAUUCGGCUCUAUGUCAAACAAUCGGUAAUUUUGAUAGUGCGAACGAAGCACAUUUGAUUGAAAUUUUGCAAGUCAUAUAAAAUUCGGUCGAAAAUAACGGGUUUUGCAGCUAAGUGUCUCACUAUCAAAAAAUUGUACUAAUUUUUAACCAAAUGCACUUUGGUGAAAUAUACACUAUCAAAAUACACAGUCAUCGGACCUGAACCCUUUUUUGAUCGUUCACGGUGGGGAGUUAGGAGAUGUUUAUGUAAAUUCAUAUGAAUGAAAAGAAAAGAGUAUGGAAAAUACCUUUGAUUUUAAUAAGUUUAUGCUGAAGUUUUCUUCUAAGUUCAGAGAAAAAAGCUAUCAGGAAACUGUGAGCGAAACAAAUUUGGCAUUUUAUAGGACUUUAAUGAUUUUAAAGAUGCUUGCAAUGGUAUCUUUUGUUUUGUAUAGGAUCUACCAACUUAUAGAUGAUAUUAAUCCAUCGUGGGAUUGAUUAUAUAUUAUAAUACCUGAAGCCAUCAUCUUAUUAGUUUGCUUUACUGACUAUUUCAAGAAGUAUAUGAAAUGCAUCAUAAUGCUUGACUAUUUAAUUUUCAAUUUCCAAGUCCUUUCAAUUGGUUCAUCAACUUAUAUAGGAUCGUCAGCUCCAAUUGUUUUAGUCUUUUUCAUGUUAGGAUUCAGCCAAUUCUGAAUGGAAAUGCAAAUUUGCAGUUUAAUUUAUAUUUCGACAUCAUUUACUUGCAUUACAUUUUAUUUCAAUAAUCAAGGGUUUGAUCAAUUCUCAUGAAUAACAGUCUCUAUUGAAUAUAUGAUUUUUAUGAUUGGGAUUUUCUUCACUUCCUCUCUAGUCAGCUACAAUUUAGACAAAACCAAAAGAUCAGAGUACAUUGUCACUGAAAAUGUUCAAAUUGAGGUCAAUAAGCCACUUACUCCCCCCCUUCGUUAGUAAACAGAACCAUUGGAAAAAUCCCAAUUUUUGCCCAAAAAAAAAAUUUUAUGAGAAAGUGAUAAUUAGUAAAAUGAAAUCUGUAGCUAAUUCUACUUAAUUUUAAACAAUUUGCAUUUUAAAACAUAAAUUUAACAAAUUAAAUAAAUAUUUGCUUUACAAUUUUGCGAAUUGGGAUGUUUUUAAAUUUCGAAAAAAAAUUUACUUCAAAAAUUAUAUGUAAAUUUUUUUAAAAAGCAUUAGCCCCACAGCGAAUAAACAAAAUUUUUUUGUUUGCUCACGGAGGUAGGGAGUUAGCAUACUCAAUUUGCUAUUACCUACAAGUGUCUCUAAAAGAGUGAAAAACGGUGACAGGUCUAUUGCAGAAGAUCAAGGCAUCGUGAGUGUAAUUUUUUGCGAUAUGAACAACUUUGAUUCAAUUGUGGCAAAUUACUCGCCUCAAGAACUAACUGCUUUUCUUGAUGAGGUUUUUGGUAAAUUUGAUAAAUUGUGUGAGCAAUCAGGUGUAUACUUAUUUACCAAGAAUAGCCCACUAAGGAACAUUUUUUGGUUGGUUGGACAAUAGCUGGCUUGCCAAAUUCGUUGGCAUGCCAUAUUUUCUGGCUAACCAAAUUUAAGAAUGGCGAACCAAACAAUACUCCUUAGUGGGUUAUUCUUGGCAAACAGGCAUAUCUAAAAUAGAAACUGUUGGGAAAACCUAUAUGGCUUGUGCAGGACUUGGUAUUUUCGAAUCAGAAAUAGACCCGAACUUGACUUAUGUGUCCCAUUCCAGAAGAGCUAUAGAGUUUGGCUUUCUUGUUAUUAAAGCAGCAAAAACAAUUUUAUUAAAAAACGGAGAUGAAUUGACCUUCAAAAUUGGAAUCAAUAGUGGCUUACUUAGUUAGUUAUUUAGUAUUUAAGUUAUCCAGUGCCUGCUCUCAAUAGAUAGGGACUAAGCCAACUGGUGACAUCACUGGUGAAAUUGCACCAAAAUGGAGGUCAGCCCAACCAAAAUCGGGCAGUCCAAGCGGUAACCCCAGGUCCGCACUUCUUACCGGCGCGUUGCCGUCGCUCUUGUCAGACUUAACUCCAGUGCGUGUUCAGCCUAAGGGUCAUCCUCUUGGGGAUGUGCUAAGUGGCAAAAACCCUAGUUCUUGUGCACUGAGGAGCAGUUUCUCUGGUUAUACCCAAAGUUAAAUUGCUGUUGCUGCACAGAAGUACUCAAGUAAAACCAACCCCAUAAAUAAAUUCCAUGAGGGAGAGAAAAUUAGCAGGUCUAAUUUCUCUCGGACCAAAUGCCAUUUUAUUUAUGGAAUCAAUAGUGGCAGAGUUGUAGCGGGCGUUGUAGGGAAUCAUAAGCCACAAUUUUCUUUAAUUGGUGAUACUGUUAACACGUCAAGCAGAAUGUGCUCUACAAGCACAGAACCUAAUGCAAUUCAAAUAUCAUCCUCAACUUACUCACUUCUAGAAGACUCAGAUAAGCAAGGACUCAGUUUCGACCGAAAAACGGUAUGAGUAAAAGGAAAAGGGGAUAUGGACACUUUUAUUGUAAGUAUUGAUCCUAAUGCUGAUGGAUCUCCAGCAAUGGAUACGUUGCAAGUUGCUGGCAACUUUGGGCUCCUUCCAACGUAUUCAAUGAAUGGACAGCUAUCAAGCACAAGAGUUGCUGAGCCAAGUUCUGCAAGUCAUAUAGAAAAAAGAAGAACCUUAAUUGCAUCUUUAGAUAUUCAUGAAGCAAAAGAGCUUUUCCAUAGAGCAAAUACUGAGACCAUUGAAAAUAUGAAAAUUUUUUCUUUAAGAUGCAGAGAGUCCCAAAAGGAGCGCCAGUUUAGGUUGGAAACUAUUGAAAGUAAAUUAUAUUUGUAUUACGCAGCACUUUAUAUUGCAGCUAUUGUCUCAUUUGUUGCACUCAUAUCUCAAAGUAUUGAACUGGGCUUGAGCUCUGAUGAAAAAAAUAUCCCUGCCCAAAUGUGUAUAUCAGGUAUCGAUAUUGGGCAAUUUUUGCUAUUAAUAUUUUCGCUAAAAUAUUACUAUAAAAGAAGAAGAUUUGCAUGGACUAUGCAGUGUGUAUAUAUUAUUGCACUUUGUUUGCAUCAUGCUAUAAGCCUUUAUGGAGAUGAAGCCUAUUUGAAUAUUGAGCCUAUAAUAGGGAUGUAUUGAAUUUUGCUAAUGACUCAUUGUUCAGAAUUAUUUUUUCAUUGAAUUUUAUUGAUUUCUACUAUUUUCGUUGUCCCAUGAAUGAUUUCACUUUUUAUGAUUGAAGAUGAGUUCAAAAAAAUUCUCUUAGUGUUUGUAGCAUGAUAUAUUGUAAUUCUGCUAUACACUUUACAUCAUAAAGAAAAAUCUCUCAGAAUUAGCUAUCUUCUGAUAUCAACUGGAAAAAGCGAAAUUGAAAAGACUGAAAAAUUGUUGAAAAAUAUGAUGCCUCCACAUGUGUACCAAAAUUUAAAAGAUGAGAAAAAUAUUACAGAACUCAUUAAAGAUGUGACUUUAAUAUACGCGGACAUUGUUGGCUUUACUGCUUGGUCUGCUCGUCAUGCACCUGAAGAAAUCGUUAGAAGGCUUUCAGACCUCUUUGCGAGCUUUGACAAACUCUGUGAAGACUACCACGUUUAUAAAGUCCACACAAUUGGAGAUUGUUAUGUGGCUAUGGGAUAUAGAGAAGAUAAUAGAGACCCUCCAAAAGAAUGUCAAAACAUGGUAAAAUUUGCAAGCUCUAUGAUAGAAGUAAUAGAAAGUGUCAAUGAAAAAUAUGGGAGCGAGCUAAAUAUGAGAAUUGGAAUGCAUACAGGUGAUGUUAUCGGGACUAUGUUUGGGACAAACAUUGUAAGGUAUGAUAUUUAUGGUUCAGAUGUUUUAAUUGCUAAUAAAAUGGAAAGCAAUGGAGAAGCUGGAAAAAUAGUGAUGAGUGAAGUAACGAAAGACUUAUUAGAAACUCAUAAGCCAGGAAGAUAUCAAUUCUCGCCCCAUAAAGAAAUUUCUUUGCAAUCGCUUGAUAGAACUAUUCAAGCUUAUAUCUUAAUAGAUUUUUUUGAUGACUUAGAGAGAGGCUCUAGUAUUGAUAAGUAA